CGUUCUCAACGCCGCUUCCAGGGAAGAGGAAUUGACAGACGUUCCCCGGGGUGACUGGCAAGAACUACCCAUCCCGGCGUUCCCGGCGGCCUGGACCGGAGCGGAGCUAUUGGCCGACGGAGCGGAUGACAUCAGAGCGCGAGCGGAGCGUCGGCCUAUCCGGAGCGAGGCGAGGCGUCAAGCCGGGGUUGGCGGGAAAAGCGAAGCCGCGUCCGGGGCUGAUGGGCGUUGUAGUCCAGGCGCGCGGCGGGGAAGGCAAUGGCGCCGCUGAGGAUCCGCUGCGUGGUCUCCUUCUCCUCGCAGGACCCCAAAUACCCCGUGGAGAACCUCUUGCUGGAAGAAGGGGUUCAGCCCUGGCUCUGCUGCCCCUUGGACCGCAGCCGGCAGCUGAGAGCCGAGUUGCAGCUGGAGCAGGCUGGAUGCAUUGGCUACAUUGAUGUAGGGAACUCUGGCUCUGCCUUCCUCCAGAUCGAGGUGGGCCGGUCCUCCUGGCCCCCAGAUCGGGAUUAUCUCACCCUGCUUCCAACCACCACCUUGAUGAUGCCAGCGGAUGCCAGACUGGACAGGAACCGUUCCGGGGUCCGGAUGUUUAAAGAAGGGGACUUGCUGGCUUCAACUCUGGCGGAGAAGUGGGAUCGUGUCCGACUGACCUGCAGCCAGCCUUUCAACAGGCACGCCCAGUUUGGCCUCACCUUCAUCCACAUCCGCACCCCAGAGGAUUCAGAGGGGGACCCCGCAGCCCCCUCCCCAUGUCAGGCUUCUCCAGAGUCAACCCCCAAGCCUGGGGUCUCCAGUGGAGCCUUCGGGGGGACCCUUUCCCCAGCAGGGCCAUCGUCCGGCACCCAGGAGGAGACGCCGCUCAAGAGCCAGUUGCAGCAGCUAGACUCAAUUCUCCUAGGCAAGGGGCUGAGCCCGCAGGGCCUGAGUCGCCCAGCCCGUCUGGUCCUGAAGGCAGCAGCCUCUGCCCACAAGCGAGCCCCUCUCCUGCCCGCCGGGUCUCCACUGCCUGCUGCAAGGAGCAAAGAGGCCGGGCGGGCCCCCAGGGCAGCCCAGAGCCCCAGGGCACCGAGGCCCAAGGAGGAGCAGUCAGCCAGGAGCAGCCGCUUGAAAACAAAGAGAAGAUCGCAGGGCGGCGCCAGGAGAGCUAGGAAUGGUUCUCGAAGGGAGGGGGCAGCCUGCAGCCAGAGAAGAGGACCCCCAACUUGGGAAAGUGAUGAAGAGGAAGAAGAAGGAGAGAGGAGACUCAGAGGAGGAGAAGCUGCAUUGGGCACCUGCCCGAUCUGUACAGGUUGUUUCCCAGCCGAGCUCUUGCCCGUCCAUGCCUCCGCUUGCGGGGAAGAAGCGGAGGUGGCGAGGGCCUCUUCGUCCCCCGUGUGGGGGUCCUGGGUGGAGUGCCCCCUCUGCCAAGACCGCUUCCCUGCCUCCGAGGUGGAGGGUCACGCCAGCGGCUGUGGGGAAGACUAGUCCCAGGUCCCUUCCAAAGAAGAGGGCGGAUGGGGUCCUUUGCAGCCUCCAAGACUCCCUGGCUCUCUUGGUCAGGCACCAGAGAAGGGGCUGGGAGACCCUCCCUCAAGGCCUCCGGAGAGAAGAGCCGCGAGAGGACAGUUGGAGUGGGCGAACCGAUUCCAGAUCUCCUCGGAGGCACAUCCGAGAUGCUGAAACCGGACUCCGUGGCCCACAACUCCACAGCCAUUUGCCUCCGAUGGCCCCCCUCAAGCAGAUUGUGGUUCCUAAGGGGGAUGGCCUGCAACCUUUCCGUGGGAUUCCCUGGAACAUUUCAAACCUCCAGAUAUUGAAGCUGUCUUAACCUGUCAGCCAAAUAGAUUGCUUUUUUUAAAUUAUGAUUAUGAUUUGCAGCAGGUAGAAGAGGAUGUGAUUUUGAUUCAAGAACCUUUGGGUUCCUGUGGGGUGGGUGGAGAGGAAGGAUUGGUAGGCUGUGAUGGAGCUCAGAAGAGGGCCUGGCUUGGAGGCCACAGGGGGUGGGGUGGGGGGUUGUCUCCCUGGAAGGGGUGCCUCAAGGCCACUGACCUUCAGCUUAAGGCCACCCAGGCUUUGGAGCAUUCAGGGUGGAGAUUUCUCUUGCCCUCUGAAUUGGAGAUGGCAGGAAGGAGGGCACAACAGGCUGCAGAUUGUCCAAAAAUUCCUAGCUGGUAUCUAGCUGGAACGUGUCAGGACAGGUUUUCAAGCUGAAAAGAAAAGUUUCUUUCCUGGAACAGUUUGGCUCCAUUCCUUUUACCUGUAUGUAACAUGCUUGAAAUACAAACUCCAAAAGGAGUGGGAGAGAGAGAGAGAGAGAUGUAAUUUUAUUGAAGAAAUGUAUAAGUGUUUGUUUUUUGUCUUUUUAACGCACAUUUUUAAAAAAAUGUUUUUGUCUAAUAAUGUUUUAUGCUUUUUUUAAUCCUUUUCUUGGAGUUCGUAUUUUAACCUUCUGAAUAAGAUUCAUAGGGAAGAAAAAGAAGAAAUGUAUAACAAGGUAACAUUACAAAGAGAAGGAAAGAUCCAGAAGAAAUGAGAAGGAAUAAUGAAUAAGAAAGAAAAUAGAAGGAAUAGAUAAUAAAAAAAGAAAAGAUUAUAUAGCAAGUGCCUUCCAUUCUUUUUAACAGAGGUUAUAAAUGCAUUUACAUAUAAAGCUAUAUUUUAAUUUCCUUACUUCCUUCUGUAAGCUACCCUUUCUAUUCUUCAAGGCUAUAAAUCACAAGUUCAUUUUUCUCUUUUAUUCAGAAGAAUGUCCCUGGGGGUUUCCAGUCACAUAAAUGUACUUGAUCUUCCUCUAAUCAAAUCAAUUUGGUCCUCUGCUAUUUCUGUUAUCUUCACCAGCUGUUUCUCCAUUCAAUUCCAUUUUUCAUUCAAUUCCAUUUGUGUUUUCCAUUUUCAUGUUUUUUGUCAACAAUUUUUAUCUUUUGUUUCUUAAUUUUAAAACCCGCUAUAAAGCCCCCAAAUCUGUUUUCCCUGAAUAUGUCUAUUCCACCCAGAGGGUCUUCUAAAAAUUAUCAGUUGGUCAUCCGUGGAUGACUCUGGUAAUUCAUGUAUCUCUCUUUUAAGCAAUUGUCUUAUUUCUCUUUGGACCUUUCAAAUGAAUAGAAUAGAAUAGAAUUUUAUUGGCCAAGUGUGAUUGGACACACAAGGAAUUUGUCUUGGUGCAUAUGCUCUCAGUGUUACAUAAAAGAAAAGAUACGUUCAUCAAGGUACAACAUUUACAACACAAUUGAUGAUCAAUAUAUCAAUAUAAAUCAUAAGGAUUGCUAAGGAUUUAGAUCAUAAUCUAAAAUAAAUAGCAAUGGCAACAAGGGUCAUCUUUGUCUAGUCCCUUUCUAUAGCUUUGGUUAAAUUCCUCCAGUAUUUGAGGGGCUGCCACAAAGAGGAAGGGGCUCAACUCGCUGUGAGCUGAAGACAUAUCUAUUCUUCCGCGCAGGACUGGCAUAGAAUUUUUUAGAAUUUUUAUUAUUGAUUUUUUAAAUUUUAAUGGGGUUUUAUGGUUUUAUGUAUU